AUGUUGAUCUUCUGCCCCAACUGCAGCAAUGCACUCACCAUCUCCAAAGCAGAGCCCAGUACCCGCUUCCCCAUGGGCACAAACCGCUUCGAAUGCCGCACCUGUCCCUAUGAAGCCGCGCUGGAGAAAGAAUGGUACGACAGGACCGAUUUGAAACAAAAGGAAGUGGACGAUGUCUUUGGUGGUGCAGAGGAAUUUGCCAAUGCCGACAGUGUUGCAACUCAAUGCCCCGCAGAAGCCUGCAAUGGGGAACGUGCGUACUUCUUCCAGCUGCAGAUUCGCAGUGCAGACGAGCCCAUGACUACAUUCUUGAAGUGUACUGAUUGCGGUGCUCGAUGGAGAGAGAAUUAA